AUGCCGGAAGAAGGAUUCAACUAUGGAGGCACUGACACUGCUUUCUACAACGGUAAGUAUUUUGCGGGCGUGCAGGAUGUCGUUGUUGUUACGGUUAACUACCGAAUUCACGUCUUCGGCUUCCCUGGAGCCCCAGGCCAACCUGCCAACCUCGGUCUCCGCUAUCAGCACGUUGGGGUCGAAUGGGUUCGAGAUAAUAUUGCUGCGUUUGGUGGUAAUCCUGAGAAGAUCACUAUCUUUGGACAGUCUGUCGGGGGUGAGGCAGUCGACUUUUGGGCCUACGCCUACAAGCAAGAUCCCAUUGUCAACGGCAUCGUCGCCCACUCCGGCAACGCUUUUAGCCCCCCUCUCACGUUCUCUUAA